UAUCUCUUUUAGAGUCCAGAGCAGACACCAGAGCUAAGAAGUUGAAAGUUUGAGCUGAGGAAGAAGACGACGAAGGAAGUGAAACAUUCAGAGAGAGAGAGAGAGUGUGGGUGUGAUUGAUCCACUCACACACACGCUGUCAUGAGGAAGCGGGAUUUGGCCAUUCUCAUGCUCUCCGCAUUCGCCAUUUUCUUCUCCCUUCAGCGAUGAAUACCCAAUCAAAUACGAAGCCGAACGCCUUCCGCCACCUUUGGUUGCUGAUCUCAAUGGGGAUGGCAAGAAAGAAGUUCUCGUUGCUACCCAUGAUGCUAAAAUUCAGGUUUUGGAGCCCCAUAGUAGGCGGGUCGACGAAGGAUUUAGUGAGGCACGUGUGUUGGCCGAGGUGUCUCUGUUACCCGACAAGAUUCGUGUUACGUCUGGGAGACGCCCUGUUGCUAUGGCCACCGGCUAUAUUGAUCGUUACAAAAUGGGGCAACGGCAGAAACAGGUUUUGGUUGUAGUAACUUCCGGUUGGUCCAUAAUGUGCUUUGAUUCCAACCUCCAAAAGUUGUGGGAAAAUAAUUUACAGGAGGAUUUUCCCCAUAAUGCUCACCAUAGGGAAGUAGCAAUCUCUAUAAGCAAUUAUACUUUGAAGCAUGGAGAUACAGGAUUGGUCAUUGUUGGUGGGAGGAUGGAAAUGCAGCCAUAUGUUUUUAUGGAUCCUUUUGAAGAACUGGGAAUGGGAGCUAGAUUUUCUGAGCAGCAGAGAAGAAGUGCUACUGAAAAGGAGGCUUCUGACAACUCUGGAACUGUUGAUUUACGCCAUUUUGCAUUUUAUGCAUUUGCUGGUAGAUCUGGCACAGAACGAUGGAGGAGAAAAAAUGAGAACAUUGAAGCACAGUCUUCAGAUGCUUCACAGUUACUUCCACAGCAUAACUACAAGCUUGAUGUUCACGCUAUGAAUAGUCGUCAACCUGGAGAGUUUGAAUGCAGGGAAUUCAGAGAAUCAAUCCUGGGAGUUAUGCCACAUCAUUGGGAUAGGAGGGAAGAUACUUUGUUGAAGUUGGCACACUUCAGGCGGCACAAGAGGAAAACAUUGAAGAGAACACCUGGAAAGAGUACGAAUUACCCUUUCCACAAGCCUGAGGAAAAUCAUCCUCCAGGGAAGGACUCAACCAAAAAAAUUUCCAACAUAAUUGGGAAAGCUGCAAAUUAUGCUGGUUCAGCAAAAUCUAAGAAGCAUCUACCUUUCGUUCCAACAAUAACCAACUACACUCAGGUUUGGUGGGUUCCUAAUGUGGUGGUGGCUCAUCAGAAGGAAGGGAUAGAAGCUAUUCAUCUGGCAUCUGGUCGAACAAUAUGCAGGCUUCAUCUUCAGGAAGGUGGUCUACAUGCUGAUAUUAAUGGUGACGGAGUUCUAGAUCAUGUCCAGGCUGUUGGAGGAAAUGGUGCUGAGCAGACUGUAGUUAGUGGGUCAAUGGAAGUGCUUCGACCUUGUUGGGCUGUUGCCACAUCAGGUGUACCAAUAAGGGAGCAACUGUUCAAUGUAUCUAUUUGUCAUUAUAACCAUUUUAAUUUAUUCCAACAUGGAGAUCUUUAUAGAAGCUUCGCUCGAAGUCCAGAUAUUGCUUCUUUAGAGGUAGCAACGCCUAUUCUCAUUCCUAGAAAUGAUGGCCACAGGCAUCGGAAAGGAAGCCAUGGUGAUGUUGUCUUUUUGACAAACCGGGGCGAGAUUACAUCAUACUCCCCUGGUUUGCAUGGUCAUGAUGCUAUUUGGCAAUGGCAACAAUCGACUGGAGUUUCAUGGUCAAAUAUGCCUUCUCCAUCAGGGAUGAUGGAAGGUGGUCAAGUGGUUCCCACACUGAAACCUCUCUCCUUGCGAUCACAUGAUAAUCAGGAAAUGAUCCUUGCAGCUGGUGAACAAGAAGCUGUUGUAAUAUCACCCGGAGGUAGUAUAUUGGCUACAAUCGAAUUACCUGCUCCGCCAACUCACGUAUUGAUCUCUGAGGACUUCUCAAAUGAUGGGCUCACUGAUCUCAUUCUUGUAACCUCGAGCGGAGUUUAUGGCUUUGUCCAGACCCGUCAACCCGGUGCUCUCUUCUUCAGCAUGUUGGUUGGUUGUCUAAUAGUUGUAAUGGGAGUCAUAUUUGUCACCCAGCACUUGAAUUCAAUCAAGGGAAAGCCUCGUCCUUCAUCUGGUCCUCGGUGAAAGCCAGGAAUUGCAGGCACUUCAGAACCAACAGAAAAAAUUGUGGAGGUGUAUAGAAUGCAACCACUAGUGCGUCAAGAGUAUUCAAAAAGCAUGGAGUUUAACGUAAGAUUUUGGGAAGGUGCUUAACAGUGUGGCCAUUGAUUGUAACAGUUUGAUAGAAGUGGACAAGAUAGCAAUGCAUGUAGGAAUUUUGAUGUUAUAAUGUUGUUAUUAUGAGGGAACUAUACUAUGUUGGCUUCACUGACCCGAGUUCAUGUGAUUGCGGUCACCAAUUCACCAUACAUAGAUAAUUUACAAACUGAGACUGUACCUAUAUAUUUCAGAGUAAGUUGAUUCACACUAGAAACUUA